CUCAGUCUGUUCGGCUGUGUAUGCACAACUGUGUAAACACAGCAGGAAGUUAUCACUGCGUCUGCCCUCCCGGCUACAAACUGGGCCGAGACUACCACAGCUGCCAAGAUAUUGACGAGUGUGAAACAGGACAGCAGAACUGCACCCAGGGCCAGGUGUGUGUGAACACUUACGGGGGAUACGAGUGUGUGGCGGCACGGUGCCCCCACUUCAGGAACGCCAGCUACGUCAAGACCUCGCCUCUGCGCUGCGAGCGAAACCCCUGCAUGAUCUGGGACAAGGCCUGCAUCCAGGCGCCCAGCUCCGUGUCCUUCCAGUACAUGGCGGUGGUGUCCAACAUGUCGGCCCCGCGCGUGCUGUUCCGCGUGUCGGCCGCCCGUCUGCUGGGGGACACGCUCCGCUUCGGGCUGCUGGGGAACCGCGGCCGCCGCCACUUCUCCGUGCAGCGCUCGGGCCAGAUGACGGGCCAGCUGCUGCUGGUGGCCCCCCCGCAGGGCCCCGCCACGCUCCACGCAGAGGUGGAGAUGAGCGAGCUGGAGAAGCGCAAGCUGCUGGGCCGCUACGUCACCAAGGUCACCCUGUUUGUGUCGCCGUACACCUUCUAGAGGGCCGCGGAGAGGAGAGAUGGACAGGGAGAACUCCAGGGCCAGUGACCAUAUAAAGACACAGUGAGUGAGUGGGCAAUGCAUAGUAGUGUUUGCCCUGUUUCAGGGCUAUGAUGAUGGAAUUAAUUAACUGUGUGGUUCCAGGAAACAUCCCUACCAUAGUGACUAUAUCAGAUUUGACUUAAUUUUGUGAAAUUCAAUGAAAGUAUUUCUUUAAAGAGACUGUCUGGAUCUUACUACUAUUUAUCUAUAUUUUUGAUAGAUACAUUAAGAAAGGUUUGAAGCAUGAUACAUUUUUAUUUUUAUUCGAACCUUUGAA